AUGACGACAAUUCUGACCUCGUCAAGGCUUUCGAGGCUCGCGGCCUAUCCCCAUCUCUCCAGCAGCUGGCACUAUCUUUCUGCAGCCAUUCUCAGCGUGUGCAACCACCCCCAGGAGAUUCCGGCUCUCUACAAGUAUGCUAUGGAGGUGACCCCGAAGGAGGACCACGCACGUGUAACUUCCGAAAUGCGGGAGUCUCUGUUAAAAGCGGCGGCUCUGAUUGGCCUACCCCGCACUAUUAACUCCUUGACGGAGCUCAAAAAUGUCACUCCGGAAGAAUUACGGUUAGACGAACCUUUGCGGAGUGACGACACCGACUUUGAGAAAGUUGGUGAAUCUUUUUUCGCCAAAGUGUAUGGCAAAAUCACCAAGCGCAUUCACUACCAGCUGCACACGGCCUACCCUGAUCUCAACUGGUUCAUCAUCAAGCACGAGUACGGCCCCCUAUUGUCGUUCACCAAGAUCUUGGGUGCCAAAGAAACCUCAUUGGUGGUUGUAGCCAGUCUAGUCCCCCAGGACGUCAACCCCCAGCUCAAGGGCCACCUCAAGGGGGCCGUGAACAACGGCUCGUCUGUUGAAGAGGUCAACAGUGUCCGAGAUAUGGCCAUUGAGCUCAGUCAAUGGUGUGGUGUUCAACCUUGGCGCUCAGAAGUAGCCAAACUGUAG